AUGCCCAACCGGGCUGUGCCAUCAAGGACGACGAAGAUUUGCUGGAUUCGUUCAAGCAGCCUGAGAACCGUUAGCGGCAGGAGAUUGAAAAGGACAAGAAGCUCUUGGAGCAAGAUGCGACGUGCAACAGCACCUGGAACCUGCGCCAGCUGCGGCAGCAGUACAAAAAUCCACACUGGGGCACCACAGCUGCUGAAUCCAUGCUACUGUCUGAGUGAUGAGUCCGACAGGGAUGAGGGCAAUUCGGUGCGGAUGAUGAAGGCGAAGAAGGUCAACUGGGGCGGAGCGACGACGACGAAUGCGGGUGGGAAAGUGACAUCGGUCAAUCCAGGGUUGGCGGCUGAGUCGAGCGAAAACAGCAACACAAGCUGUAUGAGUUCCAACACAAGCUUAAUUCCGCACUCGUUCUCCGUGGGGGAGAUCUGGAAGAUCCACACCAACCUUAAGUCGUCCAAUCUACCUCAACGAUUUCCGGCAGCAAAAGGCAGCAGCAGGAAAACGCUGAUCGCGGUCGCGCCAGGGCAACAAAUGCUCCUCCAGCGUGAGCAGAGACCAGGAGGUUACGGCCACUUCAAACGAGACGCCCAAGCCGGCCGCUGGAGCUUAAAAAGAUGCUGCCGGAGGUUCGGAGUGACGAAGACGACGGGGAUCCGAGUCCACCGGCCACAGGGUUUCAGCGGCCAAUUCGCUGACGAGGAAGCAUGCGACAGCUCAUUUUGGCAACCGGAAAGUACCGUGCGAACUAGAUCCGGCUCCGAUCGGCAAGAACGCAUCCGCCUGGAUAGAGGAAAUGUUCCAGGCCAUGAUCCGAGAAGACAAAUUCUCCGCCGACCAGACGCCUGCUCCAUCCUAGUGGAACUCGCACAUCACCGACUCCCUGCCCGCCGCCAAAUACAGCUUCCAGACCACGCACGGUCUCGUCCAGACGCAUCCGUCCUUUGGAAAGACCGGCCCAUCAGCCCUCCCACUAACCGUGGGACCACGAGCAAGCAGCAGUCCCCAGUUGGCCAGCGGGAUCCCAUCUAUCGCCAACCCGAACUCCCGGUCACCGUUCCCUUGUGCACCCGGACGAGUGUGUCCGAGCAGGCCGCGAAGGAAAACCACCGAGGAUCGGCUACUAUCAAUUUACCGUCGAGGACUACACCGUGCUGGAAGCUGCAGGCAGGCCGAGGAGGUCGGUCGGAGCGAUCAAAGCGAUUUGAUUCCAAGCUGGUGGACACGUACUUCGAUGAUGUUGGUGGAAUGGCCAAAAUUUUGCGCGAGUUUUUGCUGCACGUGAAGCACCCGGAGUGCCGCCUCCGCGUGGAUUUGUGCUCGGGGCAGACGUUGCUUUCGCACGCUAUCGCUGGUCAGCUUAAGAUUGGACUGGCCACAAAGUUGGUCGCGGAGCUUGCACGGCGCAAAUCGAAAGCGGUGACGAGGUGCUCGUCAUCGGUGCCACCAACUGGCCGGAUGCGCUUGAACCGGCCCUGCGUCGCGUCGGUCGCUUUGACUAGGAAAUCUCGCUCGGAAUUCAGAAGCGCGAAGCGCGCUCAGAUUCUGAAAAUCAUCUGCAAAAACCUCAAAUUCGAGCAGACCAUGGACUACGACGAAAACGCCAAUCUAGCUCCCGGUUACGUCGCAGCAGUCACAACCGCAAUCAAGCGAAUGCUCCCCGAACGCGAACGCCAACAACUGCUGGUCGAGCGUCGCAAGACGGAUCAGGAUCGACUCAAGCAACUUGCCAAGAAGGUCGUCAUCGAUGACAAAGUCAGCGACGGAAUCGGCGAGCCAGCAUCAGUCCACAGUUGCACCAGUGUCACCGCCGAACUCCGCAGCAAUCCCAGCCUGUCCGCCCGGACGAGAGUGCCUGAGCUUGCCGUCGAGGACUACACCGUCCUGAGAGCGCAGGCAAAGGGGGCCACAAGGUUGGUCGCGGGGGUUUCCGGCAAGUCGGAACAACGCAUCCAGGACAUCCAGGAGGUGUUCAAUCAGGCAGCGGUCCUCUCGCCGUGCCUACUCUUCUUCGACGAUAUCAACGCCAUCUCGGCGAACCGCGUCACCGCGCAGAAGGACAUGGAACGACGAAUCGUUGCGCAGCUGCUAUGCAGCUUGGACGGCCUUUGCGAAUCGAAGAAGGUGACAAGGUGCUCGUCACCGGUGCUACCAACCGGCGGGAUGCGCUCGACCCGGCCCUGCGUCGCUCCGGUAGCUUUGAACAGGAAAUCUGGCUCGAAACUCCGGAGCGCGAAGCACGCGCUUGAAUUCUGAAAAUCACCAAACUCGAGCAGACAAUCGACUACGACGAACUCGCCGGUUACGUCGGAGCAGCUCUGCUGGCGCUGGUCACCCGCACGGCCGCGAACGCUAACAGCUGUUGGUCGAGGCCAUUCGCGAGCCUUACCUGGAAAUCCUGCAUCGCAAAGCAGAGCAGGAAUUACUCAAGCAACUUGUCACGAAGGUCGUCGACGAUGAUGAAAUCAUGGAGGGGAGGAAUCAGUCAAGAGUAUGCUCAACGGAUGAUGACGUGAUUACGCUGGAUGAUGACGUUGAGGUGGUCGUGAACCUGACAAAGAGGAAGAAAAAUCUUCCAAAGCAGAGAAGACAACCGCGGAAGAGAAGAAGGCAAUCUGGCGUUAAAUUAAUUAUAAUGAAAAACAUAUUUUGUUAAAUGAAAUGUAAAUUUAAAUACGAUUCAAAUAAAAAUAAUAAUACAUUCUAAUAAGUUGGUGCCAACAAUGAAAAGGGCUGAUUGGCUUAGUAAAGUCAAUCCGCCGUUUUCAUUUGAUGCUCCAGUUUACCUAGGUAAAUCCGGCAUAAAAAUCAUAAAUUAGUUUCACUAUAAUCCGCUAGGAGGCGCUUCGUAUAGUUCAGAAUACCAAAGGCAGAUGGCACUGUUGUUUGACGUUUUCUUGGCUCGAUUGGCUCGA